GGCUCACGGCGAAGGCUGGGAGGCAAGACGGAGGUGCGGCGGUUUGGGCGAGAUUCUGACGCGGAGCUUUUGCGGGUUCACAGUGGUGGCUGGAGCGGUGUGCGAGGAGGCGACUAUGGGGCGCGAUUGAGGUGGUUGAAGGUGGGGAUUGAGGGACAGGGUGCGGUGUCAAGAAGAGAGAGAGGCCGAGAGGGAGAAGGGAAAGUGGGGGUGUUCCGUGGAGGUGCGGCUAGCCUGCGGCUAAUUCGAUGGUGGUGGGAGCUGGCUGAGUGGUUAGGGGCGCGGCCACGGCUCGUGGUGGCUGACCGCGCAGUGGAUUGGCGAUGGCCGGAGUUGAGGGUGGAGGUUAGGAUUGGGGUUGAGGGUGAGCGGUAA